AUGGGAAUAUUGGUUAAAGACGACAGUGACUAUAACAGUUUAUUGGAAAUACUGUCAAAGCAACUCAAUAUCAACCUUAUGUCAACUUGCCUGGAGAUCAAGUACCAAGUCAAAAACAAUUAUCCACCAAUGAAAAUAACAGACAAUGGAAAUGUGUCAUUCUACUUGGAGCUGAAAAUGAAUGCACCAGAUUACACGAUUCAGGACAAGAAUCAGCAAAUGCAUCAAGAUCAACACAUGAGGUUGGCUCAACAAGUGAAAAAAGGGAAAGAACAGUUGUCCGAUGUGAUAAACUAUGCUACAUUUUUGAACAAUGAGUUCACACAUGAUGAAGAUAAAGUGGAAAGUAACUUCAAAGAUGAUAAUGUAAUAACUGACACAAGACAUAGAGAAAUCAAAGAAGGACAGUCAUACAAGAACAAAACUGUUUUGAAAUCAGUUUUGAGCUCUUUUGCAAUCCACAACCAUUUUCAAUUCAAGGUACGGAGAUCAUGUGAAAGGCAAUAUUUCUUGAGUUGUUUGGAUACAAAUUGCACAUGGAAACUUAAUGCUACAAGAAAAGGAACAUCACAGAUUUUUAUCAUUCGAAAACUUAAUAUCAACCACAAUUGCUCAAUGGUUGUGAGAACUAGUGAUCAAAGGCAAGCAACAUCAAGUGUAAUUGGUGGAUACAUUAAAUCCAAGUACACCAACCUCAAAAUUGUUUACAAACCAGCUGAUAUUUUGAGAGACAUGAGAGAUGAUCAUGGAAUAAAAAUGAGCUACUCUAAUGCAUACAGAUCGAAAGUAGUAGCUCAAGAAAUGCUAAGAGGAAAACCUUAUGACUCUUUUUCAUUAAUACCAAGCUACUUGUACAUGCUAGUGGUUGCAAAUCCGGGUUCGUUUGUCAAGUUGGAAUUAAAAGAUGCCAACAGCUUCCUUUAUAUUUUUAUGGCAUUGAAUGCGUCUAUAAAAGAAUGGGAGUUCUGCAUUCCGGUAAUUGCUUUUGACGGCACUUUCCUUACUUCGGCCUAUGGAGGUAUGCUUUCAACAGCAUGUGCACAAGAUGGAAAUGGUAAGAUAUUUCCUCUAGCUUUUUCCUUAGUGGAUUUUGAAAACGAUGAAUCCUGGGAGUGGUUUAUGAGGAGAAUUAGAGAUGCAUUUUAG